AUGAGGAGAAGCAGGAAUAAAGCGCUUCAGAACCUCCCCCUCCCGGCACAGAGCUCUGCUGUCACCUCCAGCCGAGUGGGGCGCAGUUUUCGGGGAGCGACGGUCCGAUACCCCCGGCUAUGGGGGCGCCUCCAUCACGUCCCAAAUGCCAAGGAAAAGUGCGGGAGGUGCGGGAGGAACGAGGAUAAACCUGGUUGUGGAAACGCAAGCUACUUUUGGGGGAGAGCUCCACCGAGCAGGGCGGGGGGCGGCAGAAGGGCAGGAAGGACCCGGGGCCCAGGCCGCGUUCUCGGGAGGGGGGAGGAGUCGCGCGCCAAGACGUCAUCCGGGGCCUGGCGGGACGCGCGGGGCGGGGCGCACCGCGGGGCGGGCUCUCUCUCCCUCUGGCAGGCCGAGGCGACGCCCGGCUGGGUCCCUGUCGCGGAAGCUGGCCCGUCCGCUAUGGCCGCGGGGAGCGACCCGGGGUGGGCCGUGGGGGUCCUCGGAGUGGUCUGCCUGUUGCUCCGGUUGGAUUUCAUUAGCUGUGAUUCCCAAGUAAUAUAUGGAGCUGUGAACAAGAAUGUAACUUUAUACGCAUCAAGUUUUAAACCCUUUAAGGAGAUCGUGUGGAAAAGAGGAAAGGAUAAAGUUGUAGAAUGGGAUGACCAAUCUGAAGUCAGAGCUUUUCUAUCUUUUAAAGAUAGAGUUCAUUUAGACACUGUGUCGGGUAACCUCACAAUCUCCAAGUUAACACAAUCAGACGAAGAUGAGUACGGAAUUGAAUCCCCAAGUGUUAGAAAUAACAGCAAGUUCACCCUCAAAGUGAUCGAGUCUCUUCCAUCACCAACACUAUCUUGCGCAUUGACUGACGGGAACAUUACACUCCAGUGCAUGAUCGUGGAAGCUUACGACACCCAUGUAGAACUCAUACAGUACUCCUGGGACUGUCCUUCGACAAUACAGUGUCAGAGUGGCUCAAAACCAUCUGAAGCGUAUGUUACGAAGGAAGGUGAUCUUUCACAGGAAAUUCAGUGUAUCAUUAGCAAUCCAUUAUUCAGAAGGACAACGUCAAUCCUUUUGUCAACCUGUGUCCCGAGUGACAAUACAAGGCACAGGUUUGUGCUUUUAGCCAUACUGCCAGCACUAAUAUGUGGUUUGCUGUUUAUAAAAUGUUUUCUGGGACGCCCAUAGCAGAUAAA